CCUCUGGUCCUGAAUGCAAGGGAGACACAACGCUCACUCGUAGCUCAAAGACCCCCCGCCCGCAACUCGGCCCAUACACCACUACGCACCUAUUCCCAAAACCGAUAAAAUGGCAUCAGCUACCCUGCCACUGCGUCUGCGCAGCAACAUCCGUGACCUUGUCACCUCCCCGACUUCUGCCGUUGCCAUCCGCACCGCCAGCCUGGGAAAGACAAUCGGAUACCCCAUCUCUCUCGAUCCGGAAUGGCCAAUUCUCUGGGCUGCGUUACAGCCGUACUACGAUGAUCCCGCGACAUUCAUCCCUGGUAUCGCAAGGGUUAUCGUCUCGUGGUGUGAUGUGUUUACUGCGUGGCUAGAGGCCGAAGAGAAUGAGGAUGGCGUGGAAAGGUUGUUGGAGGAGAUGAAUCCCGUGGUGAAGGUUGUUGUUGAGGUAUUGACGACAGGAACAAGGCCCUCCACGGCAUGGCUUCCAGGCAAACAGCUCUUCGUCAUCGGACUCCCAAAAGCCGUACUACCCCCAGCCGGCACAAUCCACGCAGGUCUCUCAUCAGACUUUCUCUCUCUCUUCGCGCCACUCUCUUCAUCAUCUCUCGAUGCUCCAGUCUCAACCAUUGCAUCCGAAGACCCCGAAUGGGCUGACGUCUCGAUCGAACCCCAAAACCGCACGCCUGCGGCUCUUCCACGUCAAAGCAUCGCGGCCCAAGAAAGCGCCAGUGACCGGCUCCCAGACCUUGCUCUCAUUCCCCGCCCAGAAGAGCUGCUCAGGAGGCCCCCUUACUGGCUCCUUGUGAGCCAGGAUAUGGAUAACCGCGUUGUUAUCCAGGGAAGCCAUGCGCCCAGCUUAGAGUGCAUGGAAGCCUAUCUAAAGCGGUGGUGUAGAGGAAACCCGCAUCGUGUUGACCGCCCACCUGUGGUGGAGGUUAAAAUGGAGCAGUCGGCAUUUGGGGUCGGGCUGAUGAACGAUACGCUGGUUCUACAGGGACAGGCGGGGAAGGUAAGUGUCAUGUUGGUGUUGGUAUUUAUUGAGUCUGUCCUGGAAUACGCGCCUGUAUUGGAGACUUCAACGGCCGGGAGAGUAUGGGAGUUUAAGAGAGUUAAAGGGUUUAAAUAAUUCUGUCGG